AUGCAAGUAUUGCGGACAAAACUUCACACGAACCGACCUGGCCGUCCGCGCAAGCGUAUCCCUAGUGGCGCAUGGGAGGCUAAGGGGGCCCUCGAUGUUUCGUAUGGCGAUCAUUUGACUUAUGAGCGUGUGGUCAAGGAUGAAGUGCUGGUUCAAAGAAUGCCCGCUAUUAUAACCGAUCCGGAAACACUGGUGCGCUAUUCGCCAGCCAAGGACAUCCCUUUAAGGAGUGCACCCGCAAAACUUCGAAUGCACUAUAUCGAAGCCCACGUUUACAAUUACACCUUCCACAGCGGGAGGCUAUCCGAGGCUCUUCAAGCAGACCAUGACCAGGGGCUUUUGUAG